CUUGUCAGGUUCAGUUGUCUAGCUGCGUCUUCUGCUGUUGCUGCUGCUUAUCUUCUAGGGACGUGUCGACGCUCGUGUGUGUGUGUGUGUCCGGGCGCCCUGCCACAGUACUCACCACCAUGCUGAUGCGUGUGUUGCUCCUGGUGGUCGCAGCUGCCCAGGUGUUCUCUACGCCACUGCCAGAGAAAUCUCCCGCCUUAGAAUUUGGCGGAUUCCAGCCAGUACACGGCUCCAGAGCAACAGGUCCUGCUGCAGGGUAUGGCGCCCCACCUCUCUCAUCAGGGUACAGCGCCCCUCCUCUAUCAUCUGGGUACGGCGCCCCCGGACCAUUCGGUGGAGAUGUCGGCGUCGGGCCUGUUAAAACUAUCUACGUGAACGUUCCACAUCCGGAGCCAGUUAAAUCCUUACCUCCUAUUGCCGCCGGACCACCCCGCAAGCAUUACAAGAUUGUUUUUAUCCGUGCACCGCCACCACAGCCACCACCACAGCCUAUCCUGCCUCCACGGACGGAACAGAAGACCCUGAUCUAUGUAUUACACCAACGGCCUCAAGUACACGAGCAGAAGAUAAUUAAUUUGCCCCAAGUCCAGCACGACCCAGAGGUGUACUUCGUGCAGUAUGAUAAUCCUCCGUCUGCUGAGGAGCUUCAGCAACUUUCCGCAGGUAACUUAGAAGGAUAUUCCGUAGCCGCACAACGUACAGGACCAACUGGAGACGCAGUCGGUCCUCUCUCUCUUGUCGCCGAUGGUGCAGGCAGCCCUGAAAUAGACGCCCGAUUGGGUCUUGGUGGGGCAGGUAGUGGAUUAUCUCAAAGUGUUAAUGGUGCAGGAGUUUCCUUGAAAGACCUAGGAGGUGCAGGACUAAAGUCUUCACUUGUCUCGUCUCUCUCCGGAGUUGGGGCAAGUGCCACUGGUGUUGCCCUGCCAGGCCUGGGAGGUGUGGGCCACGGAUCUGGAGCAGGAAUCGGUUCUUUGGGUAUUGGUGGUGGGCUGUCGCAGCUCGGCGAGAGCUUGGGGAGCCAUUUGGGUUCUAGUGGAGUAUUUCGGUCAACUGAUGAUGUUCUCUUCAGACCGAUAGUAGGUUUAUCAUCAGAAAGAGACUUGGACAAUUCCUUUGAGAACCGCGUUGGUGUGUCGGCCGGAGAAGCAGUCGAGGUAACUCCACUCGCCGCUAGGACCUGAGUGCCACUCGUAACCCAUUCUCUCUAGUCUCCUACGGUGGGUGGUGAUGUCUCCACGACUAAGUCCAACCCCCACACUUUUCCCUGUACUGCUGGUUCUCCCUUUCAUAGGUGAACUUAAUGAGAGACAGCUAGCAGAAGUUUCAGUCUGUAGGACCCAAGUAGGUUGGGGACAUGUGACUAAUACAGAUCCAACCUGCAGUGGCACCUUCUGAUACUGAAUUAUACUAAGUUAUUGUGUUCGUAUUAUUCUAAUUUUAUUUUGUAUAUAUUAUAAAUAAGCCAUUAUACAAGGUAGACUGUGUACCCACUGGCUGUCUUGUAGGCCAUACAAACCACACUCGCCCUCUACAGAAUUCAUUUAAAAAUGUCUAUUCUUACAUAAGAAAUAGUAAAUAAACAAGAAUAAUUUUUUCAUGUAUUUCUCAUUACCUUAUCAGUCAACUAUUUAACUUAUUCAGUUAGCCCCCCUCUUUUCUCAUAUCCUCCCCCUUGCCCACCACCUCCCUCUAUCUACUAACCUCCCUCCACUCAUCCACCACUCUCUCUUAUCUUCAGCCCUGCCCUCAGAUGUACUGUUAAAGUCAAAAUAUCAUUGAAAUUCAUCAUAUUUGUUUUCGCGUUGCGGAAACUUUUGCCGGUUGUUCAUACCAAUGCGGCUUCUUCGUUGUGUGAUAUUUGUUGUCUUAUUGGCAGCCAUACAGGAUGGCCCUUCUGAUGGUAGUGUGUACUUUCUCAGGAACUCAGAAACCUUGUCAACCUCUACGGUCACAGGCUGGCUACCUUACAGUUUAAUGGGUAUGUUGGCUGUUAUCUGGUGGUAGAUAUUUUUGUAUGUGAAUGUGUUUAUUGUUCUUCUGGUCUAGUGUGAUGCUUCUCCUUUGUUCGUUCCUGGAUAGAAGGAGAGGAGCGAGAAGCAACACAACUGGACUGGUAGCAUCAUUCAACCAUUUCUGCAUUUAGCAUUAAGAUUGAAAAAUAAUUGAUAAUUGUCCAUGUAGAAAGGAUAAUUAAAUAAAGAAUAUCGUUUUGUUU